CAACAUACAGCAAACCCUCUUACGUAUCCACACCGCGUUAGUCAACUGUCGUUCCUUAAGCCAGUUUUACCACACCCCUCAAUGUUGUUUACUGGUUACCAUGGAAACAUGACCGCAAUUACCUUGCGGCUGGACUACACUUUGAGUGGAGGCAGUGUUCUUUGAAUAAUCGUCAGUAGAGCAAGAGGAAGGGGAUACAAUCAGAAGUGGGGCGUAGAUGACAGGAAGGUAGGAGCAAGGAUGCCCCAUGAGGUCCUGCAGUAAACAGAUGCUGGUGGCCGUGUGCACCACGUGGACAGUCCUCAGACUUGCGUCAGCAGGCUUUGCCUGCCUCAGCAACCCAUGCUUUUAUGGGAUUUGUAUGGAUGACAUCAACAGCACGUACACUUGUUACUGCAUUGAUGGUUACACUGGUGUUCAGUGUCAAACUAACUGGGAUGAGUGUUGGUCUUCACCAUGUCUCAAUGGAGGAACUUGUCAUGAUGGGGUUGCUGCUUUUAACUGCACAUGUCCUGAUGGAUAUACAGGUGAAACGUGCGAUGAGAACCUGGAUGAAUGUGAGUCCAACCCUUGCUUCAACAACGCAACUUGCCUCGAUGACAUCAAUGGCUACACCUGCAUGUGCCUCCCUGGUUAUUCUGGUUCAUUCUGUGAGAUUGAUGAAGCAGUAUGCAACACCACAGAUGAAUCCCGAUGUUUGAAUGGAGGUAUCUGUGUGGAGGGGCCAGGAGACUCAUUCACCUGUUCUUGUCUGGCAGGCUGGACUGGUGAAGCGUGUGAAACUCCCAUUGACGAAUGUGAUUCUUCACCGUGUCUAAAUGGUGGCAUCUGUGUUGACCGCCAUGCAGACUAUGCUUGUGCUUGUCCAUUUGGCUACACAGGGAAAAACUGUGAGGUGAAACUUCAUCAGUGUGACACCAUUUCGUGUGAGAAUAAUGCCCUUUGCCUAAUAGAAGAUGGAGUGACUGUUUGUUACUGUGUACCCGACUACCACGGAGAUCGGUGCCAGUUUCAAUAUGACGAGUGUCAACUUGGACCAAGGUGUAUGAACGGUGGAACGUGCUUGGAUGGUGUGGACAACUUCACAUGUUCCUGUCCACCUAACUUGACAGGUCAAUUCUGCGAAUGUCUCAUCACUGGUACUGGACAACUUAACUGUUCUUACAUCCUGCCAUCCAUAACAACUUUGCUUCCUUCAAUAAGUACAGAGUCCCCACCAUCAAUCAUUACUGAAGUGCCUUCAACAUCUGUUAUUGCAAAUGCCACAUGGCCAAUUGUAAUUCCUACAGGACCAACAACAGAAAUAACACUCUCAACAGAAGAGACGAAAAUUGCUUCUGAAGUUUCAACAUAUCUUGUGCCUUCCUCACAAACAUCACCAUUGCUGUCUGAAUCUACCACAUACACACAUUCUGUAACAUCACCUUCUGAGAUUACAUCAUCUUCCAAAUUCACCAUAUCAACUGCUGAAACAGUAACUACACUUCUACCAGAAAUAACUUCUUCUGGUUUUACUGAAACAAUAUCCACAGAGGUGCCUUCUACAUUAUCUUCCACUUCUGUUUUCACUGGAUCCAUACCUUCAGAGGCUACAUCAACCCCAAGUGAAGUAAAUGCAACCACUGAAACAUACUCCAUGUCCACCCAGAGUGAAAUUUCACUGACAUCACCCAUGAUUCCAGAAACGGUUACAAUGAAAGGAACAUCAACAGCAGAAGCAUUUAUAACUCUUUCAACACUGUAUUCCAACAGAACAGAAACAUCAAUUUCAACUCCCUUCCCUGAAGAAUCAAGCACUUCUUCAGAAGCUCCUCCAUUUGUCAGAAGUGAAGAAACAACUGAGAUAUCUGAGGAACUGACUUCUGCUACAUCUGCAUCAACAGACAAGCAUCUAUAUACAGAUGUUACUCCAUCAGAGCAGCCAUUAACAUCUGAGUCUACAACUACUCUUGCCCCUUAUCCAGUAAUCACACCUGUCACUGAAAAUGUAACUGUAGGUGAGGAAGUUACGCCAGUCAGCAGUGAGACAUCCAGUGAAUAUCCCAUUACGUUCUUCCUUACAACAUCUCCAAAGACUCCAGACAUGACAACUGGUACCACAACACCUACUGUGAGCACAAGUACUGACUUCACUGACCGAUAUCCUUCGUCAACAGAAAUGCCAGAUUGCAGUGUAAUCCCCUGCCACAAUGGAGGCACAUGUAUUCACACCAAAGAAGGACCUAGGUGCGUCUGCAGGUUUGGAUGGGAGGGAGCGUUAUGUCAGGAGCGUGUGGGAAUCAAAGUGGCUGCAUUUACAGGACAGUCAUACCUCAGUCACAGACUAACCAACAGUACCGGAACUCAUAUUCAAGUGACAGCUCGAACCAUGGCUCCAACAGGCAUCUUGUUAUAUGCCCAUCUCACUCCUGACAUGUAUAUGUACCUGUACCUGAAAGAUGGGCUCCUGAAAUUCCAGUUCUCUUGCGGAAUUCAGACAAUGUUGUUCAGUGAAGUGCAAUUUCAUGUCAACAAUGGAUUUGAUAUCGCCAUACAAGCCUUACUAGAGCUCCUACCCCCUGAUGGAGAUACUGGACGCUGUGCUGCCUCUGUACACAUUAAUAAUACAUUAGUAAUGAGUGGGGAACAAAUGGCUUCAACUGCAACUCACAUCAGAGCAAAUUCAUGGCUACAUUUGGCUGGAAUUCCUCCACACUUCUUAGUCCCAGAUGAGGCUCCACUUACUAUUGGAUUUACAGGCUGUAUGCAAGCUCUUCAGAUACUGGAGAAAAAAUGGGAGUACAGUGAGACUGUACAUCACCUAUUUGUAGACUUCAAGAAAGACGAUGAUAAGGUUAGGAGGGAAGUAUUGUACAACAUUGUGAUAAGUGUUUUGGAAUACUUUAUGUACAGUUUGCACAUGUUAAUGAUUCAUUACAUUUUCGUAUUCCAGAUUGACAAUAAGACCAGAAAUGUCUUCCGAGAUGCGUCUGACGGAUAUGAUGUUACAGAAUGUUCAUCUCUUGCUUGUUUAUCAAAUCCUUGCUUUGGAAGUGCAACAUGUGUGGAACAUAAAGACAAGUGGAGCUGCAAAUGUCCAUCAGGAUUUGUGGGAGUGACAUGUGAACGGUCAGUCUGUGAAGAUAACCCAUGUCAGUUUGGUUCGACUUGCGUGCCAUAUCCCGGAACUGGCUUCCUCUGCCUGUGUCCACUAGGAAAACAUGGCAUCUACUGUGAACAUGAUCUUGAGAUUGGCCAGCCUUCAUUUUCCUCUUCUGUUGGUGGUCUUGCAUCUUACGCUGCCUACCCAAUACCUGGCGCCAUACACAAUAGCAUGGAGAUAAAAUUCAAGUUUAUUCCCUCAACUGUUGAACAAAUAGCACUCAUGGUAUUUGUCGGGCAAGAUGGCUUCCAUGAUUCCAGAGCUGACCACUUAUCUGUCAGCUUCAUUAAAGGAUAUGUGGUACUGACAUGGAACCUUGGAUCAGGUCCUCGAAGGAUAUUCACACCUCGCCCCAUAACUCAGAGAGGAAAUCGCUCACAUACAGUGAGACUGGGUCGAAUAGGACAAGUUGCUUGGCUCAUGGUAGACAAUCUUCAGAAUGUCAGUUCCAGGUCUCCAGGACGUCUCUCGCAACUCAAUACAAGAUCUAUGCUUUAUCUUGGAGGACACGAAUCCAGGAACUUCUCCAUACUGCCCCACGAUCUGCCUCUGCACUCUGGAUUCUCUGGUUGCCUGUUCGAUGUGGAACUGAGAGCAGGGCGCAUAGCUGUAGCACUUCAGAGGACACAACCUGCAACUGGCCGGAGCGUUGGACAGUGUGGAACAAGCGAAUGUCACGAGCAUGCCUGUCAGCAUGGUGGAGCGUGCCUUCACCAUGGUGCAACAUACACGUGUUUAUGUCCCGAGGGUUGGUAUGGGCCAACGUGUGCCAUUAAUUUCAACCCCUGUGAUUCAAUGAGACACAACUGCAGCUCUGGGGCAACAUGUGUUCCUUUAUCAGCUGGAUAUGAAUGUGACUGUCCUCUUGGAAAAGCAGGAAAAUACUGUGAAAGAGAUGAAGCUCUUUCUGAUGUAGCCCUCUCUGGUAUACGCUCUUAUCUGUCCCUCCCUCCAGUGGAGUUUCAUCAUCAACACACAUCAAUUGAUAUUGAGGUCAGACCACUGUACGACCGAGGAUUACUGCUGUUCGUGGGGAACAGAGAUGGAAAUAGCUUCUUGUCACUUUCCUUGCAAGGAGGAGUGUUAGAGCUACGACUGGCGUCAGGGAAACUUCGCAAACGUGGAGAGCCUAUUGUGGUUCGUGGUGGACGUAUGCUUGCCAUUGGAGAGUGGCACCGUGUACUUGCUGGACAUUACGGAAGACGCAUUUUUCUCCGCGUUGAUGGCAUACUGCAUAGUGCAGGGAUGCUUCCUGGAGAGAUGCUACCAUCCAGCGGCAACCCUCUUUAUCUCGGAGGAGUGCCAGAUCUAUCCGAACUUCCUCUUGGCUCGGUUUCUGGAUUACCAGUUCCAUUCAGAGGGUGCAUCCGACAAUUAUCACUGAACUGGCAGCGCACAGCACUAGAUCAUGACCAUAUUUUGGCAGCUCGUAAUAUUGCUGACUGUGAUGGGACAAGAUGUGGAGGAGACACGUGUGAACAUGGGGGUAGCUGCUGGCUAGACAAGCAUCAUGUGCCACACUGCACAUGUCUGCAGGAGUACACAGGUCAGAGAUGUGAAACACAAGUGUCCUGCAUGGACCAUGUCUGUCGGAAUAAUGGGCGCUGUGUGAACGAUACUACCUUCGCUGCUCGAUGCCACUGUCCUCUUGGAUGGGGAGGAGACUUCUGUGAAGUAGCUGUAAAAUUGGGAUCCCCUCAUUUUGCUGGCAACAGUUAUCUGGUGGUGGAGAAAGCUGUGCGGGUUGCAAGAAGUGCUGAAGGAGGUCCACAGGAAGGUGUCGAUAUCAGUUUCCUGUAUCUUAAUUUCUCGACCGCUGAACUUGAUGGAAUGAUUAUGUGGAGUGCAAAGGAUGAAGAGUUCAUUGGGGUUGGCACUGACAGAGGUUUACUCAAGUUGGUAUGGGGAUGGAAUGGACCAAAGGAUAAUAAAGUUCUGAUACCAGGAGCUUCCGUAGCUGACGGAGAAUGGCACAAUUUAAUUCUAAGCCUCAGCCCCGCCAAUAUCACACUGUGGAUGGACAAUAUGUUAGUGCAUUCUAAAAGCGAGCAGGAACAUCAAAACAGUAAACCUCUCACCACAGAUGGUAUCUUUUAUCUGGGUGGGUUCCCAGGAGAGAAGUCUGUGAAAGAAGAAACAUCAGGCCACUUUAUGUCAACAUUCAGUGGCUGCAUCAAAGAAUUUGCAUGGAUGGAAGAUGCAGUAAUCACAGAUUUCUCAAGGUACAGAGGUGAAAACAUUGGAAGUUGCGAUUUUCUUUAGCUGCAUUCUCACAAAACAAAGUGAAGAACGCGUCAGGUGAGAUGGUGUUCAGAAGAAACAUUAACAUAAGUGGGUAGAAAGAACUGGUGCUUGAGGUACAAAUACACUGCCACAUACAGUGAUAAAUAUUUUUAGCUAGUCACUGCCAAGAAAAUGAAACAGCAAAAAUUCUUUAAAUUUCCAGUCACAUUUACUUCAAGUAAACUUUAUUAUCAUAGUCCAGUACUGCAUUUAAAAGAUGUCAGACAUCUUGAUAUCUCAGCUAGAAAGUAUGACACUUUCCACGCUGUUGCAUUGCUGUUUGUUAAUAGUGGCAUUGUCAUUGAUUCCAUAAUUUAAUGUUCUUCCACUCUGACUUCACUGACUACAGUUUGAUAAAUACAAUGCUACUCUUAAUGAAUUUGUCAUCCAAUUCAACAAAAUUUUCUGAAGGACUUAGUGUCAUUCAAUACAAGUACAACAAAAUUUUCUGAAGGAUUUAGUGUCAUUCAAUACAAGUACAAAAAAAUUUUCUGAAGGAUUUAGUGUCAUUCAAUACAAGUACAAAAAAAAAUUCCUAGGAAUUUGUCAGUCAAUACAAGAACAUGAGAUGUCUGAGGAACCCGAUGCCAUUCAAUACAAGAUCACAAAAAUUAGAAGGAAUUUCAUACCAUUCAAUAAAAAAACACAAAACUCAUGAUGAAUUUACUAAAGUGAGCCGCAAUUUAAUUAUCCCUAGGCUCUACUACAUGUGAUGUAGCAACCUUCAACUCCAGAGGAAGAAUGUUCUUCUAACCAAUCCUAUUUCUCUAAGAUUCAUUUUAAUAUUAUUCUCCCACCUAUGUCUAGGUCU